AUGCUGACUGCAGUGCUGAGCUGUGCCCUGCUGCUGGUGCUACCUGCCAUGCAGGGCGCCCAGAUGAGCUUGGCACCCCCGGAGGGCAUCAGAAGGCCUGAGCAGGCCCUGUUCCCAGAGCUGUCAGGCCUGGGCCUGCAGCCUGGGCUGAAGAGGACAACUGCAGAGCAGGCAGAAAAGGAUCUGCUGCAGGGGGCCAAGGACUUGGCAGAGGUGCUAGAUCCGGAAGGACGCGAGCCACGCUCCCCCCGUCGCUGCCUGAGGCUGCAUGAGUCCUGUCUGGGACAACAAGUACCAUGCUGUGACCCAUGUGCCACGUGCUACUGCCGGUUCUUCAACGCCUUCUGCUACUGCCGCAAGCUGGGUACUUCUGCGAACCCUUGCAGCCGCACCUAA